AUGCCUCGGCCGGGCCGAAACACGUACAGCGACCAGAAGCCGCCUUACUCUUAUAUCUCGCUUACUGCUAUGGCCAUCCAGAGCUCCCCAGAGAAGAUGCUGCCCCUGAGCGAAAUUUACAAGUUCAUCAUGGACCGCUUCCCCUACUACCGGGAGAACACACAGCGCUGGCAGAAUAGCCUGCGCCACAACCUUUCGUUUAAUGACUGCUUCAUCAAGAUUCCGCGGCGGCCAGACCAGCCCGGUAAGGGCAGCUUCUGGGCGCUGCACCCCAGCUGCGGGGACAUGUUCGAGAACGGCAGCUUCCUGCGGCGCCGCAAACGCUUCAAGGUGCUCAAGUCCGACCACUUGGCGCCCAGCAAACCGGCCGACGCGGCUCAGUACCUGCAGCAGCAGGCCAAGCUGCGCCUUAGCGCCCUGGCAGCUUCGGGCACCCACCUGCCCCAAAUGCCCGCAGCCGCCUACAACUUGGGUGGGGUGUCACAGCCCUCGGGCUUUAAGCAUCCCUUCGCUAUCGAGAAUAUUAUCGCUCGCGAGUACAAGAUGCCUGGGGGCUUGGCUUUCUCCGCCAUGCAGCCAGUGCCCGCUGCCUAUCCCCUCCCGAACCAGUUGACUACCAUGGGCAGUUCCUUGGGCACUGGUUGGCCCCAUAUGUACGGCUCGGGCAUGAUCGACUCGGCCACCCCUAUCUCCAUGGCGAGCGGCGACUACAGCGCUUACGGGGUACCACUGAAGCCUCUGUGUCACGGAGGGCAGACGCUGCCCGCCAUCCCGGUGCCCAUCAAGCCUACGCCAGCUGCUGUGCCCGCCCUGCCCGCCUUGCCCGCCCCCAUCCCCACGCUGCUCUCGAACUCGCCCCCCUCACUCAGCCCCACAUCUUCGCAGACAGCGACCAGCCAAAGCAGCCCCGCCACCCCCAGCGAGACUCUCACCAGCCCGGCUUCCGCCUUGCACUCUGUGGCCGUGCACUGA